AUGAGUACUUUGUUCUUGGAAUCCGACAAGGUAUUUCUCAUCCUCUGGCUUACGGUAAGUGUGAAUGUCCCACCAUCUUGAUGUUCCGUACCUACCGUCAUAGUAGUUCUUGGUGGUUGAUCCUCUGAGAUAGCUGAUGAAGAAAUCUUCUUGGUGAUACCUAGCUCUGUAGAUUUCCAAGAGAUCUGGGUUCUCUGAGUCACAGAUUGCUUUGAGCAUCAUAUAAUUUCUCUCAGAGAGAGCGUUAAACCUUAUAUCCUCCAUUGCCUGGACAAACGGAAGAGUUUUCCUCAGAGCCUUCCUUGUGACUUCUACAUUGUAUUGCUGAAUCUCUGCUUUGUUUCUAAUAUAAUAUUGACUCCAGAAAGUCAUGGAAAACGCCCAGAGAAGAAUGAACUUUGUGAAACGACCAUGAAUAAAUGGUCUAUCUCUGAAAAGUCUGGUUCUCUUCUCAUGUGGCAUAUUCCUAAUCCUACUAUUUGGAUUAUGAGGCAUCUGGAAUCCCUUGAGACUUCUAGUUGAUUUUACAUUCUUGAACACCCUUCUUAGCAUUCUAUAGCCUCCUAAAUUCAUUUUAUAAU